UUAACUAGAUAUAUAUAUAUAUAUAUAUAAACAAGUUUGAGACGAAACACGUUAGAGUAUCCAAAGAUGAUGUACCUGGCAAUCUAUCUUGUUUCCAUCAUUAUUUGUUUCUACUGCAUCUAUGACUGCCUCAAGCCGAAGAAUUAUCCACCCGGUCCGACAUGGUUGCCAUUGUUGGGAUGUUUCCCGAUAUACCGGUGGUUAUAUUACAAGCACCAGUACAAUUAUUUGGUGUUUCAAACAUUGUCACACAUAUACGGACAGAUAUUGGGACUGAAACUUGGAAAACAGAAGAUAGUGGUAAUUUCGACAUAUGAUCUGGUGAAGCAGGCUCUCCUUAGAGAUGAAUUUAACGGCCGUCCGGAUGGCUUUUUCUUCAGAGUACGAUCAUUUGGGAAAAGAAAGGGCAUCGUGUUUACUGACGGGGCUGUAUGGGCGAAAUGUCGUAGAUUUACAAUGCGACACCUUCGAACGUUCGGUAUAGGUCAAUCGAUUAUGAAGCAGCAAUUGACUCUCGAAGCAAAAAAUCUCGUGAGUCAUUUGCAACAAGUGAGUCAGCGUGGCGCAGUGCGAAUGGAUCGUAUAUUUGAUGUUGCGGUGAUAAAUUCUCUGUGGUUCAUGUUCGCCGGACAUAGGUUUGAGUACAACGAUGAAAAAGUACGGGAAGUGCUCACAACUGUUCAUGAAGCUUUCAGAUUAUUCAACACCAUGGGUGGAGUGAUCUCUCAAAUGCCUUUUUUACGUUUCGUGAUGCCAGAAUUAUCAGGGUACAACGAUCUGAUGAGGAUUCUCCAGAAGUUGUGGAGUUUUCUCGAUGAGGAAAUCGCGAUACACGAGAGAGAGCUAUCUGGCAAUCAGCCGAGCAAUCUGAUCGAUGCAUUCCUUUUGGAGAUUGAUACAGACGGGAAUAACGAUUCGAAUUUCGAUCGUGAGAGUUUAUUGGUGUUGUGUCUUGAUCUCUUCAUGGCUGGAUCAAAGACAACCACUGAUACUCUAGCAACUAUAUUUCUUUUCCUAUCGCUGUCUCCAACAUGGUUAAAGUUGCUUCAGACAGAAUUGGACAGCGUCGUUGGUAGAUCGAGAGCUCCUACUGAGGAAGAUUUGCCACUUUUGCCGAUGACGGAAGCUUUCUUGGCUGAAGUAUAUAGAUACUUCAUUUUGGCGCCUCUCGGUAUACCCCAUAGAGCCAUGAAAGAUGUUACUUUAAACGGAUAUUGCAUACCAAAGGACACGAUUAUUCUUUUUGAUUUAUAUAGCGUUCACUACGAUAAGGCGUAUUGGGAAAAACCGGACGAAUUCCUUCCUCAGCGAUUUCUAGACGAAAGUGGCAAAUUUCAUCAGAAUAACAUCAGCAUUCCUUUCGGCUUAGGCAAAAGACGCUGUCUGGGUGAGAUGUUAGCACGUUCCUCGGUAUUUCUGUUUUUUACAUAUAUUAUACAUUAUUUUGACUUGGAAAUCUCGAGCGAACACGGAGAACCAGAUCUAAAGGCCUAUGACGGCUUCACCAUGUCGCCGAAACCGUAUUACGUCAAACUCUCAAUAAGAUCUGACUUAAAAGAUUGAAUUAAUCUGUACAGCAUAUGAGCGUGUAGUGAUACAUAUGAGCUUCCAUGAAAAGGGUUGAAUACCUUGAACUCGUAAAGUGACGCAAAUUGUCAUUUCGAAGUAUAAUUGGACAACGGCGUGCCCUCGUCAACACGACUCUUAUGCGACAGGAAAAAACAUGUCAUUCAUUUUAAUAAAUAUAUUUGUUAACAACAUGUAUCCAAAAUUAUAUUCUAAUCCGAUUUUGUUCAAAUCAGAAAAGUUUAUUAAAAAUCGCGUCUAUUAGUCGGAUGAUAACGUUUUAACAUUUGGCAAAUAUUAUAAAAGAUUAAUAAUCUAUAAUAAUAAUAUUAUAAAAGAUUAAUAAUCUAUAGAGAAGUAUCGAGUAGCACAAUUCAUAAACUUCAAUAAAUACGAACGUCUUACCGCACCGCGUCUCAUUGUGUUGCACAGUAUAUUUAGGAAAAUAAAUAUUUGAACAACAAAGAGUAUUUUA